AGCAGCAGCAGCUCUUCACCAAACAGAUUUGAUCCAUGUUGCUACCAUGCUGCAUUUGCACACGGGAGACUUUGUGUGGGUGGACCCUGGUGCUGGGGUGCCGAUUGGAGCAGAGGUUCAGGUGACGAGAACAGGCCAGCUUGCACUGAUAGAUGAUGAAGGACAGGAGCAUAAGAUCAACAAGAAGGCGGAGGGUAGCAUCCGACCCAUGCACCCAUCUUCUGUCAAGGGCGUGGAUGACAUGAUAAGGCUGGGUGAUCUCAAUGAGGCAGGGCUGCUCAGGAACCUUCUGGUGCGACACAAAGAAGGCAAAAUCUAUACAUAUACAGGCUCCAUUCUGGUGGCAGUCAACCCUUACCAGCUGCUGCCCAUCUACACCACUGAGCACGUGCACAUGUACACAGACCGACGGCUGGGGGAACUCCCACCGCACGUCUUCGCCAUCGCAGACAACUGCUUUUUUAACAUGCACCGCUACAAGAAGAACCAGUGCUGUGUCAUCAGUGGAGAGUCAGGAGCAGGAAAAACUGAGAGCACCAAGUUGAUGUUGCAGUUCCUGGCUACAGUGAGCGGGCAACACUCUUGGAUUGAGCAGCAGAUUCUUGAAACAAACCCCAUCAUGGAAGCUUUUGGUAAUGCCAAAACGAUCCGCAAUGAUAACUCCAGCCGCUUUGGGAAGUACAUUGACGUCAACUUCACCAAGGCUGGAGCUAUUGAGGGAGCCCGCAUAGAGCAGUACCUGCUGGAGAAGUCCAGAGUUUGUCGUCAGGCAGCGGAGGAAAGAAACUACCACAUCUUUUACUACAUGCUGAUGGGCAUGAAUGCUGAGCAGAAAAAGAUUCUUUCCCUUGGGAACGCUGCCGAGUACAACUAUCUGACCAUGGGCAAAUGCACCAGCUGCGAGGGACGUGACGAUGUGAAGGAGUACGCUAACUUCCGCUCGGCUCUGAAGGUCCUCAUGUUCUCAGACAAUGACUCCUGGGAAAUCACCAAACUGCUCGCUGCUAUCCUUCACCUGGGCAAUGUGGACUUCAAGGGCAGAUUAGUCAAUAACCUAGAGGGCUCUGACAUCAUCACAUCAACUCAUUUUAACAUGGCCAGCCAACUUUUGGAGGUGGAUCUCAAAGUGCUGGAGAACAGUCUGAUUCAGCGGUCCCUCAUGACCACCAGGGAGAGAGUGACCAAACCUCUGACCACUGCUCAGGCUGUGGACGGCAGGGACGCCUUUGUCAAAGCUAUUUAUGGAAGACUCUUCAUUUGGGUCGUGAACAAAAUCAACACUGUCAUUUACAAACCGCCUGAGGAUUCAGAUGAGGUGCGACAGUCCAUAGGUUUGCUGGACAUCUUUGGCUUUGAAAACUUCAGCAAAAACAGCUUUGAGCAGCUGUGCAUCAACUUUGCCAACGAGCAGCUGCAGCAGUUCUUUGUCAGGCAUGUCUUCAAGCUGGAGCAGGACGAGUACGCACGUGAAAACAUUGUUUGGAAGCACAUUGACUACAAGGACAACCAGUGCACCUUGAAUGUGCUGGCCAGCAAGCCACUGAACAUGCUGGCUCUUAUUGAAGAGGAAAGCAACUUCCCCCAGGGAACAGAUACUACCAUGGUCCUAAAAAUGAAUCAGGUCCAUGGGAAAGGGGACGUCUAUAUUCCCCCCAAGAACGACCAUGAGACACAGUUUGGGAUCCGACAUUUUGCUGGAGUGGUCUACUAUGAUUCGCAAGGUUUUCUUGAGAAGAACCGCGAUGCUCUCAGCUUAGACCUCAUCCUUCUGGUGGAAACCUCGGACAACAAACUCCUGAAGCAGGUGUUUAAGAAGGAGCUGUCCUCCAGUUCGAAACAAAUGAGCAACUCCAGGAUGAUCAUCACCACACCCAAGAACACCCUUCGCCUAGCAGCUGAUGGCAAGAAGCAUGUGCCUACUCUUUCUGGCCAGUUCCGCCAGUCUCUGGAUUCCCUGAUGAAAACACUGACUGCGUGCCAGCCCUAUUUCAUACGCUGCAUUAAACCCAAUGACUUCAAGAAGCCCAUGUUGUUCGACAGAGAGCUGUGCAUCCGUCAGCUCCGAUACUCUGGUAUGAUGGAGACCAUUAGAAUCCGGAAGGCUGGAUAUCCCGUACGCUACACCUUCGAGGAGUUUCUACAGCGCUUCCGUGUUCUUUUGAAGACGUCCGUCUGUGAUCCAAAAACAGAAAGUAAAGUGAAAUGCUGUGAAAGCAUUUGUGAGACUGUGCUCACUGGGGAGGGCGACUGGAAGACUGGCAAGACAAAGAUAUUCCUGAAGGACUUCCAUGACACAAUGCUUGAACUGAAGCGAAUGAAAGAGCUCGAGGAAAAAGCUCUUCUGCUGCAGAAAGUCAUGAGAGGCUUCAAAUACAGGAGAGCAUUCCUGAGGAAAAAGAAAGCUGCUCUGGUCAUUCAAAAACACUGGAGAGGACACAAAGGGAGGAAACUGUACAAAGUGGUCCAGCUCGGGUUUACGAGGCUGCAGGCGCAGGUUCGUUCUCGCCAACUCCACCUCCAAUAUAAGAAGAAGCGUGAGGCGGCCAUUUUGCUGCAGGCCCAAGCCAGAGGAUACUUAGCAAGGAAGGAGUGGAAGCGAAAGAGAGAUGCUGUGAUCCUCCUGCAGGCUCACACCAGAGGCAUGCUGGCAAGACAAGCUCUCAGGAAGAGGAAAAGGAACAUGUACCUCUCUGCCAAACAGAAAGCAGAAGAGCAGCGCUCUCUGUUGGAGAGACAGAAACACUUGGAGGAGGUGCUGAGGCAGAAGAAAGAGAAGGAGGCCCUGGCUGAGUUAGAAGUCUUCUCAGAGCAGGAGAUGGUGGACAACAUCUUUGGCUUCCUUCCCUCUGUCAUCGGAGGACAAGAGGGCCAAGCACCAGCAGGCUUUGAGGAUUUUGAUGGGAGAAGGAUGAUCACAGAGGAGAUAGAUCUUGAUGACCUACCCAUGGAGGAAGAUCAUCCAAAAGAAGACUACGAUGACCUGGAUGAGUACCCCUUCUCCAAAUUUGCCUCCAUGUACUUCCAGGGAACAGCCAACCACACCCACAUCCGCCAGAGGAUUCGUCAGCCCUUGCUGUACCAUGAAGAUGAAGGAGAUGUUCUGGCUUCCUUGUCAGUGUGGUGGGUCAUUCUGAGGUUCAUGGGAGACCUUCCUGAGCCCAAGAAGCAGGUCCAGGUUCAGGGAACAUCCACACAGGGGCGCACUGUGCCACAGGACCUGAUGUCCAGAGAGAACAGGCGUCUCGGCCGCAUAGUGGGCCAGGACCAGAGGGCUCCAAGGAAUAAAAAAGAAAUGAAGCAAGAAAAGGGGAAACCCUCAAUCACCAAGUCAGAUAAUCUCACUGAGGUGUCCAAGCCUCUCACAGUGCAGACUGUGAUGGAGGACGGCAAUAUCAUGACUGGAGAAGGACCCACUCUGGACCGACUGCUGACCUCACUAGAAAAACUCCAUAUUAUUUGUGCAUAUGGUAUUUUCAGACGUGACCUCAGGGAUGAAAUUUACUGUCAGAUCUGCAAACAGCUUCUGGAUAACAACAAUCGCAACAGCUACUUCCGUGGUUGGAUCCUUUUGUCCUUGUGUCUGGGCAUUUUCCCUCCAAGUGAACGCUUUAUUAGGUACUUGCAAAGUUUCAUCCGUUCCGCUCCAGGAGGCUACGCCUCGUACUGUGCUGAAAGGUUGCGUCGGACAGUAAUGAAUGGGGUGCGAGGAGAGCCUCCAGCCUGGCUGGAGCUGCAGGCAACCAAGACAAAGAGGCCCAUGACUGUGUCUGUGACACUGAUGGAUGGGCGUUCUAUUAACAUGCCAGUUGACUCAGCGUCUACCUCCAAAGAGAUCUGCCAGGUCCUUUCUAACAAAGUCAAACUCAAAGACACCUUUGGCUUUUCUCUCUAUGUGGCUCUUUAUAAUAAGGUUUGGGCUCUGGGCAGUGGUCAAGAGCACUUGAUGGAUGCCAUCUCCCAGUGUGAGCAGGAGGUGAAGAGGAGGGGAGGGCAGGAGCAGCAUGCUCCCUGGCGCCUCUACUUCCGUAAGGAGAUCUUCACCCCCUGGCAUGACUGUAAAGAGGACAAUAUCAGCACUGACCUCAUCUACAAGCAGAUCAUCCAUGGUCUUAAGUUUGGAGAGUACCAAACUGAAAGGGGGGAUGAUUUGGUCGACCUUACUGCAAAACAUCUGUAUGUCCAGCACGGUUCAGACAGCAGUCCAGAAAAUGUGAGAGAAGCUGUUCAGGACUGCAUCAAGAGCUCUUUGCUGGAGGCAAAGUCAGAGGCCAAGUGGGUGCAAAUGGUCAGCACUGCUCACACUCAGGGUACGUUUCUGAGCUCAAGGCAAAAGGUGGAUUCCGUGAAGGAGGAGAUAGUCGACUACGCCAGGAAGAAGUGGCCCAUGUUCUUCUCCAGGUUUUUUGAAGUCAUCAAAUUGUCAGGUCCUCCACUGCCAAAGAACAAGUUCAUUGUAGCUGUAAACUGGACUGGAAUCACGUUCCUGGAUGAGAGAGAGAAGAGGCUGCUGGAGCUUUCGUUCCCUGAAGUGACAGGAGUCAACACCAUCAGGGAGGCUAAAGCAUCAGGCCAGGCAGUUUGUCUGCUCACGCUGAAAGGAGACUUCACUCUGAGUGGAUCAGUAGCCGGGGACAUGUCGGAGUUGGUCACCAUGUUCCUCAGUGGACUGACGGAGCGAUCUCAGUACGCUGUGACCUUGAGGGAUGUCAGCAGUCAAGGUGACCCCACAUUCCUCAACUUCAAGAAGGGAGAGCUUAUUAUAAUUGUCAAAGAUGAUGAGUUUCCUCAGCAGCGUGGCUGGAUAACGGGCCAAACUGAGAGCAAGGGAAGAAAAGGAGCCGUGCCCACCGACGCCAUCUUAAUCCUGCCAACGCUCAGCAAACCGUCGUCUGAGGUCAUGAAACUGCUGAACCUGUCUCCUAACCAGAGGAAGAACAUCAUACAGGAGCAUAUGAAAGAAACAGGGACGAUGGAGAGAAUGGCUCCUGCAACACUCAAGGAAUUUUCCCUCGAGUAUUUCAGGCAGCCCACAAAGGAUGUCAACCGUCAGGUGAUGUCCAGGAAUGCUGCUCCUGAGAGGCUUUGGGUAAACUCCAGAGAGCCAAUCAGGCAGGCCCUCCUCAAGAAAAUCGUGGCCAACCCAGAACUGAGCCACAGAGCAUCUCUGGCUUUUACUGCGAUCCUGAAGUAUAUGGGCGAUUAUCCCACCAGGCAGAUGGUCAGUCAGCUCGAGCUCACCGACCAGAUCUUCGGGCCUGCCACUCAAAGUGAGGCACUCCAGGACGAAAUCUACUGUCAGAUUAUGAAGCAGAUGACCAACAAUAACAACCGGUUCAGUCUGGAGCAGGGCUGGCAGCUGCUGUGGCUCUGCUGUGGCCUGUUUCCUCCCAGCCAGGCUCUCCGGAGACACGCUCAGCGCUUUCUGGAGACACGCCGCAGAGAGCCAAUGGCCUCCGACUGUCUGCAGCGGCUGCAGACUUCUCUGAGGAUGGAGCCGAGGAAGCUGCCACCACACCAGGUGGAGGUAGAAGCCAUCCAACAGAACCGCACCCAGAUUUUCCAUAAAAUCUUCUUUCCCAAUGAUACAGAAGAGAUAUUUGAGGUUGGGACCAACACCAGGGUCAGGGAUCUUAUUCAGAACAUCACCAAAAAGCUGAAUCUGGCGUCGUCAGACGGCUUCAGCAUUUUUGUCAAAACACACGACAAGGUUCUCAGUUUGAAUGAAAGCGACUACUUCUUUGAUAGUCUGAGACAAAUCACUGACUGGUCCAAACGAGCCAAGAGGAGUAAAGAUGGUGCGCCACUCACUGUAUCCUACAUUGUGUUCUUCAUGAGGAAGUUGUGGUUCAACGUGGUCCCGGGCAGGGACUUUCAGGCUGAUCUUAUCUUCCAUUUCCCACAGGAGCUGCCCAAGUACCUGAGAGGCUAUCAUGUCUGCACCAAAGAAGAAAUGGUCAAUAUCGCGGGUUUGCUCUUCAAAGUAAAGGUCAGCGAUGACAAGAGCCAGUUUGUCAUGAUUCCCAAGAUGCUGAAGGAGCUGGUGCCCAACGACCAACUCAAGGCCAUGUCUGAAAAUGAGUGGAAAAGGAGUGUUGUCGCUCAUUAUAACAAACAUGCUGCAAUGACUGUCGACGAAGCCAAAGUGGCUUUCCUCAAAGCGGUUUUCCGCUGGCCCACGUUUGGCUGUGCAUUCUUUGAAGUCAAGCAAACGUCUGAACCAAAUUUCCCAGAUAUUGUUCGAAUUGCCAUCAGCAAGCAAGGAUUGACAAUCUUCCACCCAAAAACCAAGGACGUUCUGGCAAAUCACCCGUUCAACCGCGUGGCCAACUGGUGCAGUGGAAGCACCUACUUCCACAUGACUGUUGGCAAUUUGGUGAAAGGAAACAAGUUCCUGUGUGAAACGUCUCUGGGCUACAAGAUGGACGAUCUCAUAACCUCCUAUGUCAACAUGUACCACAGAGAGAGGACGGGAGGACAAACGAGGAACCAGCGCUUCAACAUCUGAGCGUCAGAUCUGAGUGUGACGCAACUCUGCGGCCGCAGAUGAAAACAAAACACUCUCAACGUUUUUUGUCCGUCGGCUUUUUCCAUUUGUACAAAAGUACAAAUUCAAAACUCACUUUAACUAAACUCCGUAAUACAGAUUGUGUAAUCUAAAGGGAAGAAAACUUAUUUAAUGUCAUGUUUACAGAUUGUAUCAUUAGCUUUUACACUGUGGAGAUAAACAAGUGUUUCCCAUAACAAAUAAAUGUAAAACUGUUUUCAAGAUCA